ACACGUCAUGAUUUCAUACAGUGAGUUUCCGGUGAGGUCACGAAUGACACGUGUAUUCAAGAUGGCGGCCGCUAUGGAGUCGUGGGUCAUGCUGCUGCUCCUCUCUCUGCUGCCUGUGGUCAUGCCGUUCUAUGUGCCUGGUGUUGCACCAAUUGAUUUCCAUCAGAAUGACAACGUUGAGAUCAAGGCAGUAAAGCUCACCAGUUCCAGAACUCAGCUACCCUAUGAGUACUACUCGCUUCCCUUCUGUCGACCCACAAGCGUUGUGUACAAAGCUGAGAAUUUGGGCGAGGUUCUACGCGGCGAUCGUAUCGUGAACACUGCAUACCAGGUGAAGAUGAACCAGGACAAGAAGUGCGAGCUGGUGUGUUCAAAACCAGGACAGCCCAUUAAACUCAGCGUGACCGACAGCAAGCUGUUUGCUGAGCGCAUCCAAGAGGAGUACUAUGUUCACCUAAUUGCAGACAAUCUUCCUGUGGCCACCAGGCUGGAGUUUUACCCAAACAGAGAGGCAGGAACUGAUGAGGAACAGAAGAAAGACAUAGUAAAAGAUGUCCAGUUUGAACAUGGCUACAGAUUGGGCUUCUCUGACAAUAACAAGUACUACUUGCACAACCACCUGUCCUUCAUUCUGUACUACCACAAAGAGAAGGUUGAGGAGGAAGAGGAGCAUAAUUUCCGCGUUGUACGCUUUGAGGUGGUGCCACAGAGCAUCAAGCUAGAAGACCUGAAGACUGAUUUGAAUGGUGCGUGUACGUUACCGGAGGCGAGUGGUUCUGCUCCUCAGGAGAUUGAUCCUUUGAAAGAGAACAGUGUGCUCUUCACCUACUCUGUGCACUGGGAGGAGAGUCAGGUGAAAUGGGCAUCUCGCUGGGACACGUACCUCACCAUGAGCGAUGUACAGAUUCACUGGUUCUCCAUUGUAAACUCGGUGGUGGUCGUAUUCUUCUUAUCAGGCAUCCUGAGUAUGAUAAUCAUCAGGACCCUGAGAAAAGACAUAGCAAACUACAACAGAGAGGAUGACAUUGAGGACACCAUGGAAGAAUCAGGCUGGAAAAAUGUCCAUGGAGAUGUUUUCCGGCCACCUCAGUAUCCCAUGAUUCUGAGCUCUCUGCUAGGUUCUGGGAUUCAGCUCUUUUGUAUGAUCCUCAUCGUUAUCUUCGUGGCCAUGCUAGGCAUGUUGUCUCCAUCUAGUCGGGGGGCUCUGAUGACCACUGCCUGCUUCCUCUUUAUGUUUAUGGGUGUGUUUGGUGGCUACUUUGCUGGCCGUCUAUAUCGCACUCUGAAAGGUCACAGAUGGAAGAAAGGAGCUUUCUGUACUGCGACCCUGUACCCUGCAGUAGUGUUUGGAAUCUGUUUUGUGCUGAACUGUUUUAUCUGGGGAGAGCACUCCUCAGGGGCUGUACCGUUUACCACAAUGCUGGCUCUGUUAUGUAUGUGGUUCGGGAUCUCAAUGCCUCUGGUCUAUUUGGGCUACUACUUCGGCUUCCGCAAACAGCCCUACGACAACCCUGUACGCACCAAUCAGAUCCCACGGCAAGUUCCAGAGCAGCGCUGGUAUAUGAACAAGUUUGUAGGGAUCCUGAUGGCUGGCAUUCUCCCCUUCGGUGCAAUGUUUAUUGAGCUCUUCUUCAUCUUCAGUGCUAUCUGGGAAAACCAGUUUUACUACCUGUUUGGCUUCCUCUUCCUGGUCUUCAUCAUUUUGGUGGUGUCCUGUUCCCAGAUCAGUAUUGUCAUGGUCUACUUCCAGCUCUGUGCAGAGGACUACCGCUGGUGGUGGAGGACGUUCAUAGUGUCAGGAGGUUCUGCUUUUUACGUGCUCAUCUACGCCAUUUUCUACUUUGGAAAUAAGCUGGACAUUGUGGAGUUCAUUCCCUCCUUGCUGUAUUUUGGCUACACAGCCCUGAUGGUUUUAUCCUUCUGGCUCCUGACUGGAACAAUCGGCUUUUACGCAGCCUACAUGUUCAUACGCAAAAUAUACGCCGCCGUCAAAAUCGACUGAGCUGCAGUCCAAGUUCAUUUUGUUACCUUUGGUUUGUUUGUUUAUUCAUUUUUUUCUUAUUCAUUUUUUUUUUUUUAAAACUUCUGGGUUGGCAAGCAAGCACUGAAACGAGUGUUUCGAGAUGUGUGUGUGUUUGUGACCAUUUCUUUAAGCGGGUUGUGUGCAACUCUGCCCCCUGUGGACUGGAGGAGGAAACAGUUGUUUUGUGCACAGAAAAGUCAGCCGAUCGUUCAGUGGCUCCUCCGCAGAAACAGAGAUUUCAUUGUGUUAAAUUCCAGAAUUGUCUUUUUUUUUAUUAUUAUUAUUUAAUUCUGACUUUCUUGUUGCACACAUCACAUGGGCCAAAGUAUGUGAUAUUUACUUGUCUGUUUUUGGGGUUUUUUUUGUCAUUGGAAUAAGGGUGAGACAGUAAAGAUGGCUAAUAUGAUUAAUAGUAUAUCCUUUUACAGACCAUAGUCAUUUUAAAAAUAUUCUUAAUAAUGUCAUUUGAACCUGCUCCUAAAUAUUUGGUUCAAACACUCAACCUUUGUACAUACGUGUGUGGGUGUGUGUGUGAGAGAGUAGGUGUGUGUACAGCAUGCUGGAGGCAGAAAGAGUGUGAACUGAUGCUAAAAUAUUGUGGCACUGAGAAAAUGAGAUUAAAAUAACAACUUCUUCAUA